UGUAGGUGUUUUUAUAAAUUCAUUAAUCAAGUUUAUUAGAAUUUUCCUGUAUAUUUCCUCAAAACUUCAAUAUUUCAGCUCUGAGCUUAUGUAAUAUAAAAAUAGUGUUAUGAGACUGUUCUCUGUCAAAAUUUUAGUGUACUCAGGUGAUGAAAAUAUUAUGGGUCAGCAGAAAAUUUAUAUCUCAAAAAGUUGGGUUUUUUUUAAUAGAAAAGGAUAGUACAGUAGUAUAUAUACUACUCAACCAAGUGACGUUUACUUCAGGAUCCAUAUACCAGUGAAUGUUUAUCAUGAUUAUUUGUUAAUCUCAGAUAUUUAUCUAUAAUAGAACAGUUAUACUUUAAAUCUUGGAGAAAAGGUACACAAACUGUUAAUAUGAAAUCACUUAUUUUAGUAAAUCAAAUGUACUACUCUUUUGAGUGAAUUCAAACUUGAAAUAAAUGUAGAUAACUUCUAUUUGCAAUAAUUCUGGAAAAAAACUCAUGUAUUUAAGUAAUCCCCCCUUACUGAGACAGCUUUCCAUGUAUACAGUACAUGUAGUCAGGUUCAGUAAAUCUGACACUAUUUAGUUUUGGUUGGAUUAUUUUUUUCACACUAAAAGUAAAAAUAUGUUCUCCAAUAAUCACAAAUGACAUCUAUAGUUGAAGGAAAGCUUGACAUUUUUAAAAGUCAAGUCAUAUAAGUGAUUAAGUAUCUGUCUUUGAAGUAUAUUUGAAAUUUAUUUUCAAAGACUAUUAUUAUAUGUAAGUCAGAAUAAUCCCCAUAAUGAAUUAAAAAAACUGAGUUUCAUUCUCUAUAUCCACAAACUUGCACACAUUGCUUCUCCUUUCAUUGAAAGGGGAAUGAUGUCUGCCUUUCUCAAUUGCAAGGUUAUGCACACUUAUUCCAAUUUUAUUUACUGUAGAUCUCUCAGAGUUGUUUAAUCAUACUAGCCUUUAAUAAUGAAUUUUUGCUAUUUUGGAAGCCCUAGGCCUUGUGUUAGAAUAUAUCAGUAACAUUUUUUCAUACAUUCAAUUCUCUGGAUUCUAACAAUAAACCAUAACAAAAUGGGGUUUCUUUCAAAAUGCUCCAUUUCAAUAUGAAUAAAAUGAAAUGUUAGUAUAAACACAUCAAAGAAACAACCCAAUAACACAUAAAGACCAAAUACAGUCUGCAGCAACAGACAGUUAGACCAAAAAUAAAAUUAAAAUUGUUUGAUGUUGCCUACCUACCAGCUUAAAAAGCAGCCUACCUGAAAAUUUUAUCACACAAAUCGAUUCAAAAGUUCUUUCCUACUCUAACAUUGUUUUCUUGUCUAAAACAUGUAACUUAUGUUGUUGAAAAAAAAAAAUCCCUACCUACCUACCCACCUCUACAAGGUAUGGGUAGGCAACAUCAAACAAAGAAUUUGUUAAGGGUGGCCUUAUCUAAAAAAAAAUGUCAAGCUCAAGUCAAAAACAGUUGUUGAUAAAAGAUCAUCGACAAUACCAAAUUUACCAUAUGACAAAAAAAAAACCAACACAUUUAAUACACAUGGGGAAAUAACAUUUGGAAGGUUGCUGACUUUGAACAGACACAUAAACAUGUGAUGAGUCAUAACAUAUGAAAUGAUUUUGAAUAAUAGUAGAUUAAAAAAAAAUUUAAAUAUUCACAGAAGGUUCAAAGUAUUAUUUUAAUAGAGAUGUUCUUAGCAGUCAGUGGUUUGAAGAUAAAUUUUUUCUACCAUUUUUAUAAAAUAGAGAAAUAAAUAAAACAUUGAAAAUCCCAAAGAUGUGAUGUAGCCAUGCCUUCUAGUGUCAACCUGUAUUUACAGACUGAUACAGUGUGAUAAUUCAUAGUAUACAAUGGCAGCAAAGAGAGGAAUAGGAAGUUUGGCACAAAGAACGUUGAUGGUUUUGAUAGAUCUUGAUGAGACUUUAGCAGCAUUUGAGAAGCAUUUCAUGUUCAAGUUUAGAGAAAAAUAUCCUAAUGAACCAUACAUUCCAGUAGAAAAAAGAAACACAUUUUAUAUUGCAGAUCAGUAUGAUAAACUGAAUUUUACAGAUGAUAGUGUUAGAUUUGAAUUAAAGAAGAUUUACAGGAAUGAAUAUUUUUUUCGUGAUUUACCAGAAAUAGAUGGUGGAUGUGAAGCUGUCAAGGAAAUGGCAGAAAUGGAAGGGGUUGAAGUUUUCAUUUGUUCCAGUCCACUAUUUCAGUACAAGUACAGUGCACCAGAAAAAUAUGAAUGGGUAGAGAAACAUUUAGGACCAGAUUGGAUUAAUCGACUGAUUUUAACAAGAGACAAAACAAUGAUUAAUGGAGAUAUUUUGAUAGAUGACAAGGUUCAUAUAACAGGUGCAAUGAAUCAUCCUUCAUGGAAACAUGUUGUGUUUACUGCUUCACAUAACCAAAGUAUGAAAGUUAAAGGAGAAAAAUUACGCCUUGACAAUUGGACAGAUGGAACUUGGAGGACAAUGAUUGAAGAUUUUAAGAAACGACUUUGAUGUUGACUUAAAUUACUUUACAAAAUUUAGGACUUCUGUUGUUUGUACAUGUACCUCUUAUUACACCUAACCAGUACAUCAAGGGAGUAUUUAAUUGGUGUCUAUUUAUUUGAAAUGAAUUUUCUAUAUAUAUUUCUUGACUUUACAUUUAGAUUAUUUUUAUUGUCUACUUUUUGUUAUCUUUGAAGUUGACAUUUCGUCAACAGAUUAUUUAUUGCAAUUUUAUCUUUUAUACUGUUACAAGAAUCUUUGAUGAUUUAGAAUUAUAUACAUAGCUAAA